GCAUCGUUCGUUUGCUCGUUCGCGAGACGUCCGCCGCUUGGAGCAGUUCGAGUUGUGUGAGUGUCAGUUUGCAUCGGUUGUGAUAAACAUACUGUCGGCGGAAAAGCAGACUCUCUGCUGUGAUGAACGCAGAAGAUGUUAUCUGAAUCUCACUGAAACUUAUGGACUCUCAAUAAAAGAUGGGCGAGAUCGGGCAAGCUUCUCUUCCCUCAUCUCCGGAAACGGAAAGAGGUCCUCCUAUGCGGAGUUUCUCAACCGGACCGAGAUCCAUUGACGAGUCCUGUCACUGGUAUCAUGGGAAGAUCUGCCGACAAGAAGCCGAGGAAAUACUUCGAGAGGCCGGUGGACGGGAUGGAUUAUAUUUGGUACGGCAAUCAACAUCGUGUGAAGGCGAUUACGUUCUCUCGGUUGUUCACAAUGGGUGCGUAGCUCAUUACCAGAUCCGUCGGAACGGCGAUGACGCGUUCUUCUCCGUUGGAGACCAGGGUGUCGUGAUCCACGGUCUCGAAGAACUUAUUCGCUACUAUGAAGACGGCCGAGGACUCGUAAGUCCCUUGACUGAGAUGUGCAAGGGCCAACCACCCCCACACGACGUUCGGAGACACGGAAGGACGAACUUGCUCCAUCGAGCCAUAUCGAGAGGCGACUUCGAUAUCGUGAGCAGGAUGCUGGAGUCCGAUUACAACAUUGACGCUAAGAACCAGGAUGGCCAGACGGCCCUACAUUUGGCUUCAUUGAGCGGACGAGAAGAUAUAGUUUUGGCUCUUUUGGAGGUCGGAGCUUCAACCCACUGCGUGGAUGGCUCCGGGCACACUCCUUUGCACUACGCAUGCCGUGAAGGGCAUCUGAAAUGUGUGGAUUAUCUUCUAGAUCACGGAGCCAGCACAACUAUCCCAGCCCUAGGCUCCCGCUGGGUUGCCAUGCAUUUCGCCGCUUAUAAAGGAGACAUGGCAAUAGUCAAAUUGCUCCUCGAUAGUGGAGCAGCUAGUCGACCGAGAUCUGCGGAUAGACUCCUACCCGAGGAUCUGGUUCCUCGUGACGCACCUGAACUGGAAGAAUUCCUUUCCUCGCGUAAAGAUCCUGCCGAGAGUCGACUACAUAGAGAAGAUUGGUUCCACGGCGACCUUUCCAGAGAAGAAGCCUGUGCAAGGCUCAGGCUGGCAUCGAGUGGGAGCUUCCUCUUCAGAACUAGCAGAAAAGCCGACAACAGUUCGAAGCUCGUCCUCUCCAUGGCCCACGACGGAUACGUCUACCACUUUGAGCUCCUUCGGCAGGAAUCUUACUACUUCAUAGACGACGGACCUCUACUCGACGGACUCGAAGCUUUGAUUUUGCACUAUUCGAAGCACAAGGACGGUUUACCGUGCGCUCUCACGAACCCUGUACAACCAGUUGUGAGUCCUGUGAUACGCGUGAACCCAUGGCGGCAAGUCACACCACCACUGCCGGCUAUACCUGGGGGACACUUCGGCAUAGCUUCAUUGAUCCCGACGGAACAGCUAAAACUUCGAGAGCCCAUCGGAGAGGGAGAGUUCGGCUCUGUUCUCAAAGGCAUCUGGAGUCGUCGAGAUGGAACCACCGUUGUGGCUGUUAAAACCUUGCGCGAGGAACAUUCUACCCAAGAGAAACGGGCCGGUUUCGUCCGUGAGGUUGAAAUGAUGCUGAAGUUGAACCAUGACUGUAUCGUCAAGCUCCUAGGCGUCUGUCUUGGACCGCCUCUCAUGAUGGUGCAGGAACUGGUUCCACUGGGAAGCCUCUCGAACUACCUGAAGAGCAAGGCGGACUCGAUCGAUCUCGAUUUGGAUUUCCCGCGAUGGUCGCGUCAGAUCGCGGAAGGUAUGAGCUAUCUCGAGUCGCAACAAUUGGUUCACCGCGAUCUUGCAGCUCGCAACAUCCUCUUGGCCUCACGGAUGCAGGCGAAAAUCAGCGAUUUCGGUCUCUCGCGAGCCUUGCAGGUCGGCAACGAUUAUUACAAAGCGACCACCGGAGGAAAGUGGCCUCUGCGGUGGUAUGCCCCCGAGUCCAUAAACUACGGCAGUUUCAGUACCGCGAGCGACGUCUGGAGCUAUGGCGUCACACUGUGGGAAAUGUACACAUUUGGGAGAGAGUCUCCCUAUGCCAACAAGACAGGACUCGAGGUUCUUCAAUUCGUAGAGCGGGGCGGCAGACUGUGCCGACCGCCAGCGUGUCCCGAGUGGUGUUACGAAAUUAUGUUGGGCUGCUGGAGUCUGCAACCGGCAGAACGACCGAGUUUCAGAACCAUGGCGCAGAAGUUCAGAGAAAACAUCACGAGCUCGAAUGUAGUGAUUGUUUAGUGUCCUCUCGUCCCAAUGGCUGAAUCGAACGCAUCCUU